CUUCAGUGCUGUUGGAUGAGAUCAGCGAACGGUGCGACGAAGUCAGUUAAAUCGCGUGUGGAACCUGAAUACGAGUAGCUCGCCGCCUCGUCGCAUCGCUGCUCUCUCCUCCUUUUCUUCGGAGCCAUGAAGCACCACACCGCUGGAAUACUUGGCUACCUAUUCAUCGCGAUUGUCUACAUCGGGAUUCUGACCACGAAACAAUGUAAAUCCGAGGCAACUCGACUCCUGUCCCGCGAUAACGACGAAGAUGAUUUUGUACCUUAUCAAGGAGAACGUUUCAGCGUUUUCGACUGGUCCCUGUUCAAGGCUACGAGCAAGCAAUACUCGGGAAAUGUGCUGCUAUCCCCGAUAUCCUUGAAAAUCGCGCUGGUACUUUUAUACGAGGGAGCCCAGGAUAAAACUGGUUACGAACUGGCUAGAACAUUGCAGCUACCUGCAACCCCAGCCGCUACUCGAGACAGAUUUUCCACUAUUUUACGAUCGUUCAAGACUAGGUCGGCAUCGUACAAUGUGAACAUUGGGACGCGAAUUUACAUUGACUCGAAUAUCACGAUCAGACAACGAUACGAGGCCAUUGUGAAAACUUUUUACAACACCGAUGUGAUCUCUGCAAAUUUAUCCGACGCGAAGCCACUCGUGAAAGAGAUCAACAGUUGGGUCAGCAACAUUACCGAUGCUAAUAUCGAUCGAAUGAUAGAGGAUGAAAACAGCGUGAAAGAUUCUUUGAUGGUGAUCCUGAACGCGUUUUUCUUCAAAGGAUCGUGGCUCCGCAAGUACUUUGCUCCGAAAGAUACACGGAUUGAGAAAUUUCAUACGAGCGACAACCGAACUGUGGACGUACCUUUUAUGCACACAGUCGGUCGAUUCUACUACUCUGAAUCUUCCGAGUUGAAUGCGAAAAUUUUACGGAUCCCGUACCAUGGGAACAAAUUCGCCAUGUACUUGCUGUUGCCAGACACGUUGGAUGGAAUCGAGAGACUCGUUAACGAAGUUAGUCCCUAUCUGCUAACGAAAUAUGUCUGGUUGAUGCAAGAUUUGUCUAUCGACGUUUCUAUCCCAAAGUUUAAAUUCGAGUUCACCAGCCACUUGGAAUCCAUUCUGCGCGAGCUUGGUAUUCGUGACAUUUUCGACGACACUGCAACAUUAACCGGCAUCGCUCUCUCCAAACGAAUUUCCAAACAUCUUAAAGUUUCGGACGUUGUGCAAAAGGCUGGAAUCGAAGUGAACGAGAAUGGAACUACGGCUUAUGUAGCCACCGAAAUUGAAAUCGGGAAUAAAAUUGAGGACGAAACGUUCCACGCGACUCGUCCGUUCGUAUUUUACAUCGAGGACGAAUCCACAGGAACGGUCAUCUACGUGGGCAAGAUGAUGAAUCCUCUGGAUACAACCGCCAGUACAGUCAGUCCGAAGGAACCGUUUGCGUCCAAAUUUAAUCCAGGAACACCAAACGCAGACCCGAUGUUGCAAGCGGGCUUGAACGUGGACGAUCGAAACAAUCUCUUCAACGUAUUCUUUUCACAAGUUCUGGGCAAAGAAUACCCGGAUGGAAAUUUAGUAUCGUCACCUGCGAGCGUUAAAGCAGCUUUGACGAUGCUAAUGGAAGGAGCAAACGGUAAUACGAAAUCGGAACUUGUUUCAGCGUUAAGAUUACCGGAAAACGAGUCACGCAGAAGGGAAAUUAUGAAAAAUAUUCUCGCAUCGUUAAAGAAAAAAGAUAACGGUACGGAAAUUGAUUUGUCCGUUCGAUUAUGGAUAGAUAAAAAUCUACCCGUGCUGAAUAGUUAUAAGGAUAUCGUACAAACACAUUAUCAAGCAGACAUAGAAAAUGUAAACUUCAUGGAAUCGCAAAAUACAGCGCGUCUUAUAAACGAAUGGGUCUCUCGGGCAGCACACAAUGCGAUCUCUUCGCCUUCGUUGAUAAACGACGUUAAAUCCGACACGCGUCUCAUUUCGACCUCGGUCAUUUAUUUCAAAGGGCGCUGGUUAAAAUCAUUUGACAAAAGGAGAACGAAAUUACGGUGCUUCCAUACUCCUACAGGGAAAUGCACAAACACCUAUUUGAUGACGCAUCAAUCUACGUAUCGAUAUGCUUACAUAUCCUCUAUUGAAGCACACGCUUUAGAAAUUCCGUACUCGGAUGGUAAAACAUCGAUGUUGGCACUGAUGCCGGACACCAGAGAAAAAGAUCCGUACCUUAGAAUAUUAUCAGAGGAUUUAACUACCCUUCCAAUUUCGACGAUCUUGGCAAACUUGAAAAUGAGAGAUAUUAUGAUCCAUGUUCCCAAGUUUAGCAUUGAAAACAAUCUUAAUUUAAUACCUGCGUUACACCGCUUGGGUAUCCAAAAUAUAUUUCAAGAUAAUACGAAUUUCACUAAAAUGGUAUCCGGUGGUUCGAUUCGCGUAACCAGUAUUUUACAAAACGUUAAAAUAGAAGUAGACGAAGAAGGGACGCUAGCUGCGGCCGUUACAGAAAUUGGAUACCAACUCCUUUCGUUGUGGAGUAACGAAGUUAAAUUGGACCGACCGUUCCUCUUUAUGAUCCUCGAUUGCGAAAGAAAUACGACUUUAUUUUCCGGUCGCUUUCUCCAACCGAUUGAACAGUGA